CGCCCCCUCCAGCUGCUCCUGCGGUCACUAACCCAGCUCACGCAGUUCGGGGCCCAGCACCCGCCGACUCCAGCAGCUGUUCUGUCUGCUGCGGUUUUUGUGCCUCCAUUUCCGUUUCCACGCGGUGCGGAUGGUCGCAAUACUCCUCAGCCAGUUUGGUGCGAUGCUGCCCCGCAGGUGGUGAAGAAUGGCGUACCCGACCCUUUGGUUUCUGCUCUUCGGAAUUAUCCUCAGUGGGGCCCUACGCAGAGCAACUGCCAUCCAGCCAGAUGCUGCCUGCCCCCGAAGCUUGGAUUGUACCCUGAGAAGGAGGGCCUUGUGCCCACCAGGCUCUGGUGCCUGUGGGCCCUGCCUCCGACCCUUUGUGGAGGAUGACCUUGGCCGCUGUAUUCCCAAAAAACAGCUACCAAGAGGUAAGAUGCAGCCCUGGCCCAACCUGGAAGAAGAAAUCGACUUACUGGCUAACAUGCUGGCCCAUCAAGACACUGUCCCCCAGCGCCAGGACACUGUCCCCCAGCGCUUCCGCUGGCCUGCAGCCACCCUGGUGUCCCCAGGACAGGAGCCCGAUACCCCAUCCCCUCAGGGAGUACAAGUUCCCACGAUCAGAGCCUCCCAUUCAUCUUCGAGGCCUGUGGAGAUGUCACCUGUGGAUCCCCCACACCCAUCCAAUGACGUCCUUGUUCUCAUGAUGAUCGUGGUCUGUGCAGUGGCUGGGCUCUCGGCGCUGGUUGUGGCUGUGGUCUGCUGGUGCAGGUUACAAAAGGAAAUCCGCUUGGCUCAGAAAACAGAGUACUCUUCCAAGUCCCAGAAAGGAUCUGGCUCCCCAGCCUUCUCCAGAAGCAUGGUAGGGGGGAGGGAGAGCCUUGGAAGGGGAAGAAGCUAUUCCGCAGCAAUUCAGUGGCAGCCUGGGGACAAGAAGCUUGCCCAGAGUGCCCAGAUGUAUCAUUACCAGCACCAGAAGCAGCAGAUGCUAUCACUAGAGAAGCAUAAAGAGCAGCCUAAAAUUAUGGACUCUGGGUCCUCGGAGGAAGAAAAUGAGGAUGGAGACUUCACUGUCUAUGAGUGCCCUGGCCUGGCCCCUAUGAAUGCCUUGACUGGAGAGAUGGAAGUGAAGAACCCCAUGUUUGACGACUCAGCUCUAGUGGGCCCUAGUUCCCGUGCUGCCUCUAGCCCUCCAGCCAGCAGCUCUCCAUCUGGAUCUGGUCCCCGUGUCAGUUCGGGCUCCCGAACUAGUGGGUCCCGGACUGGCCCCCGCCCCAGCCCUCGGCCUCUCCGGCUGAUGGCCCCCAAAUCUCACCAAUGACCAGCCGACUGCCUUCUCCUGGCCAGUGGCUCCAGCCUGGGAAGGGGAGCUCUCAAGGGGCUGGGGAUGGCCAGGGGUGGGGGUGCUAAUAUUAGAAUGUUUACCCCUAUUCAGAAAAAAAAAAAAAAAGGCAAAAAAAGCUCUGAAAUCCCAAGUUUUGCUGUUUUCAGUGAGUGCUGGCUCCUCUCCUGUUCUCCCUGUCCCCUUCCAAUGUUGGGAGAUGAGAAGGGAGUGAGUAAGCCAUGAGCUCCCCUCCCCAUCGUCCCAGAAGGAAGGGGGUCUUUCUGUCUCCUCCCUAAUCCCCUUCCCUCCCUCAACCUUUUGGGGCUGGGAUUCCUCUAAAAGAAGAUGAGGAAAGCCACCUUGUAAUAUUCCCUUCACCCAGCCCAGGGCUCCCUAUAGCCAGGGCCCUGGCUAUGCUGGGAACACCUUAGUCUCCAGGUGCCUCUCCCCAUAGCCUCUGGGACAGGGGAUGAGGCCAUUUUCCACUCCCCUCUUCUCCCAGUGGCAGAGCCCCGAAUAUUUUCUUGGCCCAUGUCGUUCUGCCCUCCCAGUUUCUUCCUCCAAUCCCUGCCAAAGUGAUUCUAGCUCAGGAUCCAAAACUGGAUGAGGUGGGCAUUGGUGCCAGGGCCUGGGGUGGGCAUUAGGGCCAGGGCCUGGGGCAGACACCUGGAAGUUUUUCAGUCCUCCAGGCCUGUCUUCUCUGUGCCUGUGUCUUUACCUUUCCCUGUGCCUGUGUCCUUUCCUUGUCUGCCUGUGUCCUGUCCAGUCCCUGUCCUGUCCAGUCCAUUCUUGCACCUGAUUCUCAUGUGAGACCUCCUUUCCUCUCCUUUGCUUGUGGCCGGGAUUGUAUCCACAUUCAUUUUGAAACAAAUUCAAUUUUAUUAAAAACAAUAUUUCACACCA